AUGAAGUUUGCCGUCUUGUGGUUUGCGCCCUUGAUUGCUGCCAAGGUGAUCUCUGUUUCUACACAAAAUGGCGAAAUUAUCGGCCACGAUGUCCCUGGUAGCCAGGGUGUUGUGGAAUGGCUCGGUGUGCCAUAUGCGCAGCCCCCUGUGGGUGAUUUGCGGGAAAGUUCUGAUUGCAUAUACACGCCGUCAAGCUUGGUAGAUUAUCCCAACAAAACGGCCUCGUUUGAUCGGGUCUUUGAAUCUUUUACCACUGUCAACAAUCAUACCCAAAGCGAGGAUUGUCUAACCCUCAACAUCUGGUCUAAAGUUUCCCACGAGCCAUUGAAACCAGUCUAUAUCCAUUUCUACGGCGGAAGAUGGACCUCGGGCACAACAAACACAAAAUUCUACAACGGGGCCUCCUUCGCCUCGUCGGAAGAAAUAAUCGUAAUAACAGCAAACUACCGCAUGAACAUCUUCGGCUUCCCAGGAAUUCCAAACGAAUCCCCAAACCCAGGCCUACAGGACCAACGCUUGGCCGUAGAAUGGGUGAAGAAGAACAUCCACGGCUUCGGUGGUGAUCCAGAUCGAAUCACCAUCUCCGGUCAAUCAUGCGGCAGUGCCUCGGUCGAUUACUGGGCCUAUGCGUACCGCGACGAGCCACUUGUUUCCGGAUUGAUUUCGCAUUCCGGAACUGCGCUUAGCUUCCCUGUUAAUUCGGCUGAGGUCGCGGCGAGCCAUUGGUUUAACGCCUCUGCGAAGGCGGGUUGCACAUCUGAGAGUGAGGGGGAUGUGCUGGCUUGUAUGAGAAGGCAGGAUGUUGAUACCAUUCGAGAUGCUGCUGCUUCUGUUAAGGUCCCCACUACCAACCCAGCGAGGAAGGCACCUGCAUUCCAGCCGACGGUCGAUGGGGUGACUGUUUUCGGGAACUAUACAGCUCUCUCGGCUGAGGGGAAAUUCGCCCGUAUUCCCUACCUGCUAGGCCACAAUUCCAACGAAGCAGGUUUCUACAAAGUAGCCACCUACGCCCAGGGCUCAACACUAACAGAUAAAGCAUGGGACGACUUCAACAUGGGAACAUUCUUCUGCCCAUCGAAUUUAGAAGCUGCAGAUCGUGCCCGUCGACACAGUCCCGUCUGGCGGUUCCAGUAUAAUGCCGAUUGGGAAAACACGCGGCUUUACCCGACUAGUGGUGCUUAUCAUGGCUCGGAGCUGAAUAUGAUUUAUGGAGAGUCUGCUGCAAUUACUGGUAUCCCUGAGUCCGAGCCGCAGUUGCUGUUGCAGGGCGUGAUGCGGAGAGCUUGGGGGGCUUUUGUGAGGGAUCCCAGGAGAGGAUUGAGUGAGGUUGGGUGGCCGGUUUAUGAUCCUCAUGGUUCCACGCUUGUUGAGCUUGGUCUUGAUAACAAGCCCAGUGCAGAGUUCGUGAGUACGGAGGAUACCGCUGAGCGAUGCGCGACUCUACUUGCACAGUUGUAG